GGGCUGCGGGAUGCUCUCGCUGUACGAGGAGCAGAACACAGCGUAACCGGAUCGCGCACACGCUAGCCGCGGACCCUUCGGAACUGAGUGAGCUUGCCUGCCCCACCAAGUCCCAUCUUCACCAUGGCUGCUGGAGAGAAGAUCAAAGCCAAAAUCAAGAAGAAUCUGCCCGUGAGGGGACCUCAGGCACCUACCAUCAAAGAGCUGAUGCGGUGGUACUGUCUGAACACCAACACCCACGGCUGCCGCCGCAUCGUGGUGUCCCGUGGCCGCCUCCGGCGCCUGCUCUGGAUUCUGUUCACGCUGACAGCCGUGGCCCUCAUUUUCUGGCAGUGUGCCCUCCUCAUCUCAUCCUUCUACACCGUCUCUGUCUCCAUCAAAGUUCACUUCCAGAAGCUGGAUUUUCCUGCUGUCACCAUCUGCAACAUCAAUCCUUACAGGUACAGUGCCGUGCGGGACCUUCUAGCCGAUUUGGAACAGGAGACCAGAGGGAACUUGAAGACCCUGUAUGGCUUUUCGGAAAUUACAUCUCGGAAACGCCGAGACGCAGAGUCCUGGAGUUCGGCCAGGGAGGACACAGGCUCGAAAUUCCUCAACCUGGUCCCGCUGCUGGCCUUUGAUAAGGGUGAGACAAGCAAGGCAAGGGACUUCCGCACAGGACGGAAGCGGAAAGUCAGUGGCAGAAUCAUUCACGAGGCAUCAGACGUCAUGCAUGUCCAUGAGUCCGAGGUGGUGGGAUUCCAGCUGUGUUCAAAUGACACAUCCAGCUGUGCAGUCUACACCUUCAGCUCGGGGGUUAAUGCCAUCCAGGAGUGGUACAAGCUGCACUACAUGAACAUCAUGGCACAGGUGUCUCCAGAGAAGAAAAUCAACAUGAGCUACUCUGCUGAGGAGCUGCUGGUCACCUGCUUCUUUGAUGGGGAGUCCUGUGAUGCCAGGAACUUCACACGUUUCCACCAUCCAAUGUAUGGGAAUUGCUACACAUUCAACAAUAGAGAAAAUGAGACUAUCCUCAGCACCUCCAUGGGAGGCAGUGAAUAUGGGCUGCAGGUCAUCUUGUACAUAAACGAAGAGGAGUACAACCCCUUCCUGGUGUCCUCCACUGGGGCGAAGGUGAUUGUCCAUCGGCAGGAUGAGUACCCCUUCAUCGAGGAUGUGGGAACAGAGAUUGAGACGGCCAUGGCCACCUCCAUAGGGAUGCACCUGACGGAGUCCUUCAAGCUGAGUGAGCCCUACAGCCAGUGCACAGAGGACUGGAGUGACGUGCUGAUCACGAACAUCUACAAUGCUACGUAUUCCCUCCAGAUCUGCCUUCACUCAUGCUUCCAGGCAAAGAUGGUGGAGAAAUGUGGGUGUGCCCAGUUCAGCCAGCCUCUACCUCAGGGAGUCAACUACUGCAACUACCAGCAGCACCCCAACUGGAUGUACUGCUACUACGAACUGCACCAGGACUUUGUCCGGGAAGAGCUGGGCUGCCAGUCGCUGUGCAAGGAAGCCUGCAGCUUUAAGGAGUGGACGCUGACCACCAGUCUGGCGCAGUGGCCAUCUGAGGUUUCUGAGAAAUGGUUGCUGUCCGUUCUCACUUGGGACCAAGGCAAAAUAAAGAAAAAACUCAACAAGACAGACUUGGCCAAACUCUUGAUAUUCUACAAAGACCUGAACCAGAGAUCCAUCGUGGAGAGCCCUGCCAACAGCAUCGAGAUGCUUCUGUCCAACAUCGGUGGCCAGCUGGGCCUGUGGAUGAGCUGCUCCAUCGUCUGCAUCAUUGAGAUCAUCGAGGUCUUCUUCAUCGACUCCCUCUCCAUCGUCGCACGCCACCAGUGGCACAAAGCCAAGGAGUGGUGGGCCCGGAGACAGGCGACCACCUGCCCCGAGGCUCCCCCCAGCCCUCAGGGUCAGGACAACCUGGGCCUCGAUGUAGACGAUGACCUGCCCACUUUCACCUCUGCCUUGUGCCUACCUCCAGCCCCGGCAGCCCAGGUGCCGGGCACGCCUCCCCCUAGAUACAACACCUUGCGCUUGGACAGGGCCUUCUCUCGCCAGCUCACAGACACGGAGGUGCCAGCUGAGUCCUGAGGCAGGCUGGGGAAGAGAGACCGAGCCAGGACCACCCGCCAUGGUCUGAGAACUUAGAUCCCGUCUCCUGCACGCAGAGCGGAUCCUCUGCACCCCCUCUGGGCUUUUCAGAGACAUUGACUACAAGUCUACUUUGAACGAGGCAGGGCCUGGGCACGUGCAGGGAACUGUUGGACCCCACCCAGCAAUGCUCACAGCCGCCCAGGAUGAGAUAGUUCCUGCAGCCCAAACCCUUAGGACAUCUGCUGCCGAGACAGAUGGGGCCGAGGAAACGCGGCCGGCCUGGACAAAGGCCAGGAGUGAAGCCUGACAGAGUUCUCCGCCAGAUCCGCAGAGAGAAAGACUCUUCCAGAGCCCGGAGCUGGGGGUUCCGGCCACUCCCGCAGCCUGGGCUGGGACCCAGGGAUGUGACCUUAGGUGUUGAGGCCUGACAGUCUCUGCCUGCUGCCAAAGAUAAGGAGGAGGCAGCUCCAGGCCUGGAGCUGGAGCCGUUUAUGAAUAACCUGCUUGAUCACUGAUAUUGCGGCAAGGUCUGCUCUGUGCCCUGAGGCAGGAGCUGGC